AUGCCAAAAGCUUUUGUUGACAAAUUAAAUCGAUUUAUUGAAAAACUAUCUAAUCUUUAUUUUUCUGAUAUUAAUAGUGAAAAAAAACAAUUACUGGGAAUUAUUAAUAAUAUAUCUCUUCAAUUAUCUGAUAUUACUAUUCCUAUUAAUGUGGAACCACAAUAUAAUAAUGGUGAGCUUAUUUCUUUAAAAAUUUCUCUUGAGUCUAAUGACUCAAAUAAUCAAACUUUAGUUGUUAAAACUAAUAAAUAUAGUGAGGAUGAAUAUGAAUUAUCUGAUAAUAAAUUGAAAGAAUCUAAAAGAUUUUGUUAUAAAAAAUUCUGA